CGCAUUGGAAAGGAAGAAAUAAGAUGAAAUAUGCCGUCGCCGGGUUUCGCGGCGCAAGCCGCAUCAAUAUCCACAGUCACCGAUCCAAGUCUCAACUUUGUUUCGGCCAUUCGAUCCCAGGGGCCUUUCAUUUCUCGACGCGUAAAGACAGCUCAGAUGGACAGAAAAGCCCCGACGCACUCGAUCCCCGCCUGGAAGAUUUGGGAAGGGUCAUCAGGGAUGAAUAUGCAGUUAUUCGAGAUCAGUACGAUACGCCAAAACACCCCGUAGUCCUUGCGCAUGGACUUCUCGGAUUCGAUGAGCUGCGCCUUGCUGGGCCUUAUUUUCCUGGGGUACAGUACUGGCGUGGGAUCAAGGAAGCUUUGUCGAUGAAAGGGGUCCGCGUCAUCACGGCAACAGUGCCUCCUUCAGCAUCCAUCGAAGCGCGCGCUGAAGAGCUCGCGAGGGAUAUCGCUAUCGGCGCGCGGGGAGAAGGUGUAAAUAUCAUUGCUCACAGCAUGAGUGGGCUUGACUCCCGGUAUAUGAUCACGCAUCUGAAGCCGAAUGAUUUCAGUGUCAAAUCCUUGACCACGAUUGCGACGCCCCAUCGAGGAUCUGCCGUUGCAGAUUAUGUCCUCAACCAGAUUGGCGAUGGCCGCCUCACCCAGCUAUACUACGCUCUUGAUCGGUUCAAAGUCGAAACUGGGGCGUUUGCCCAGUUAACGCGUGACUACAUGGAGACCACCUUCAACCCCACGACGCCAGAUAUCGAGGAUGUCCGAUAUUUCUCCUAUGGGGCGUCAAUGCAGCCAAGCUUCUGGUCUGUCUUCCGUCUGUCCCACCGUCUUCUGCAGCAAGUCGAAGGGUAUAACGACGGGCUGGUCAGCGUUGCCAGCAGCAAAUGGGGAGGAGAACAAGGGUACAAGGGCACCCUCGAGGGGGUGAGCCAUUUGGACCUGAUCAACUGGAGUAAUCGACUGAAGUGGCUGGCGGGUGAAAUUACCGGGAAUCGACAAAGAUUCAACGCCAUUGCGUUCUACCUUGAUAUUGCAGAUAUGCUGGCAAAGGAAGGUCUCUGACGGAUUUGGGUCGCGGUCAAGGACGG